CGUAUCACUAGCUAACUUCCUGUUAGUGGUUCUGACGCUGCUGUCUGCAUGUGAGCUCUGCUAAUGCUGCGUUUUCUACAGCUCUGCACUUCCACCGGCCAGUGCCCUGAGGAAUACAGCAGCCUUAAUGUGAGGUUAUCCCCACCCACUCCUGGUUGUAAGACACCCACUGCGAUACGUAGAAGAUGAGCAAGUCCCCGACACCCAAAGGCACCCCGGUGCAGCGGAGCCCCAGUGAUGGGGUCCCUGAGGGCCUCCUGUCCCCUCAGCACUCCACACCCAGCUCCGGACCCCAGCAAAAGAAACACAUCUCCAGCCUUCUUCAGAGUCCGUCGUUCAGGGAGGAGCUGGAUGUGCUGAUCCAGGAACAGAUGAAGAAGGGUGGCAGCUCCUCCAACCUAUGGGCGUUGAGACAGCUGGCUGACUUCAUGGCCACACAUGGCUCCCCAGCCGCCCUGCCCGUCUCCCCUUCUAACAUGAUGAUGGUGACACCCAUCAACGACCUGCAGAGCUGGGAGCCCGGCAGCAUGGUGAAGGGGGAGAGGUUGAUGCGCUGCAAGCUGGCUAGUGUCCAUCGCCUGUUUGACCUGUUUGGCUGGGCCCAGAUCAGCCGCACGUGUCUCACUCUGCGUGUUAGUAAAGAACAGGAACACUUCUUGGUGCUUCCAGAUGGCCUGGCCUGCAGUGAGGUGACUGGAUCCAGUCUGGUAAAGGUGAAUAUCCUGGGUGAGACGGUGGAGAGGGGCAGCACCAACCUGGGCGUGGACACCGAGAAGUUCAGCCUGCACUCCGCCAUCUACUCCGCCCGGCCAGAUAUUCGCUGUCUGCUUCACCUCCACACGCCGGCCACGGCUGCGGUUUCAGCUAUGAAGUGUGGCCUCCUGCCGCUGUCCCAUGAGGCUUUGCUGGUCGGUGACGUGGCUUAUUACGACUACAACGGAGUCAUGGAGGAGGAGGAGGACAGAGUGGAGCUGCAGAAGAGCCUGGGGCCGACCUGUAAGGUUCUGGUGCUGAGGAAUCACGGCAUCGUGGCUCUGGGGGAGUCAGUGGAGGAGGCUUUCUACUCCAUCUACCACAUCCAGGCUGCCUGCCAGAUCCAGGUGUCAGCUUUGUGCUGUGCCGGUGGUGAACAUAACCUGAUUCUGCUGGACCGGACCAUCCAUAAACCCAACGUAGCCGGCACCGUGGGCUGGGCUGGCUCCACCUUUGGACCCCUGCACAAGAGCCGCAUCGGGGAGCACGAGUUUGAGGCCCUCAUGAGAACCCUGGAUAACUUGGGCUACCGUACCGGCUAUGCCUACCGCUUCCCUGUGCUGCUGGAGCGGACGCGGACGAGGAGGGAGGUGGAGGUGCCCGCAACCGCCACGGCUUUCCACCAGUUUGAUGACGACGGAGUCCACCCGGCUAUGAGGCAGCACCCUUUCGCUCAGCGGCAGCAGCAGGAGAGGACUCGAUGGCUCAACACCCCAAACACCUACCAAAAAGUCAACCAGGAGCAGGCCAGCCCGGGACAGCGCUCAACUUGGUUGAAGGCAGAAGAGGUGACUCAAGCCGGCAGCACAUCCAUCAAGAUAGAGAACCAAAACCAGUUUGUGCCUCUUUUCACCAACCCUCGAGAGGUGAUUGAGACACGAAACAAGAUCCGACAGCAGAAUCGUCAGGACAUGAAGACAGCAGGACCACAGUCUCAAGUCCUCGCCGGCGUUAUAACAGUCGACGGUCCUCCGUCUCCAGUCAGCCCACCUAAAGUCCCAGCAGAGCCAGAACCUCCCAACCCCUUCAACCAGCUGACAGACCAGGAGCUGGAGGAGUACCGCAAGGAGGUGCAGAAGAAGCAGGAUGGAGGGACCAAUGGGGAGGAGGUGGCACAUGACAAGGAGUCUCCCCCUGCUACCUCCCCCACAAAGAGCCCUCCCCCAGCCCCCUCCUCUCUCACAGAAGAGGCAAAGACCGACACUCCAGCCAUACAGAACGGAGGCGAAGAGGAGAAGCAGACGACAGAGGAGCUGGAGAAAGGGAUGAAGGCUCUCUCCACCAACGACACCUCCUCCCCGCCCGCCGCUCUGACCCCGAAACCACAAGGCGGCACCCCAGAGGGCUCGCCCUGCAAGUCCCCGUCCAAGAAGAAAAAGAAGUUCAAGCCGCCUUCGUUCCUGAAAAAGAGCAAGAAGCAGAAGGAGAAAGCGGAGACCUGAGGCGUUCAGACACACCUGACCUUGGUGAAAUACUACUGUGAAACAUUUCUAAGUGUAUGACGGAGUAGCAGAUGAUUUAUCCACAUCAGAUCUAUUCAAAACACACUCAGUUAAGAUGUCAUUCACACACACUAAAGGUGUACUAAAUACACCUACAAAUACUUUACUGUAACACUGGUACUCACUGAUUUGAUCUAAGUGGUGAUUCAUCUUAGAAAACACUGACAAUUAUUUUCACAAACUAUUUGACCCAGGUCGGAUUCAAGCCAACAUUUUGAUGCUUCUUGAAACACACAAACACACACAGUCUCGUAUUACUUGCAUCUUAUUUUCACCUGCUGUGCUAUGAAACCAUUACUUAACUUCACUGUAUAGGCAUUCAAACACGUUCCUUUCUGUAACGGGGAUUACUUGUGUCAUCUUGUGCACUUGCCGCUCGGAAUUUGUUUUAUACCUUUUUUUUUUAUUAUUUUAUCCACAACUUUGCAAGACAUGGUGGAAAUUGAAGUCCCCUUGAUAUAUGCACCCCUUUAUCCACAUAUAGGCACUUGACAUGUGUAUAUUUACAUUCUAGUAUGUUGCAUUUAUUCAUUAUCAUAGGCAUCUUUUAGUCAUGAUUUGGUUCUUAUUAACAGAUAGAUGUUGCAGGUUUGCUAUGUGAGCACAGGUGCAGUACGUGUAGAAAUAUACUGAUAGCUACUGAUUGUGCUCUUCUGAAUGCUGGUUCUGUGUAAAGCUAUCAGCCUAUCGACGUUAUUACCGCAGGGAAGAAAAAGGGGAAAGAAAGCAGGGAAAAUGAUGCUGGCUCGCAACAAAACACAAGUCGCUAUGAAUGCCUCUAUUACCCCAAAACAAUUUGUUGCUUGCCAAACGCAGUGUGAAACCCAGUAAUAGAAGAUACUAAUGAUACUAAACAUUCCGAUUUUCUCAUUUUCUUUUAAAUGUAUGUGUGCAAAAAAAAAAAAAAAACUCUUAACAGUUGUAAUUACUUUCUGUUUUUAACCAGUAAAUGCUGACGUGUGAUGUUUGCUCAUGGUUUUAAUUUAUUUUAUAUUAGAAUGUAUAAGUGAGUGUCGCAAGGUUACCAUGUAUCAGUCAUUAAAGAUCAAGUUUGAUUUAAACCAA